AUGUCUACUACCGGACAAAGGGCACAUCGCCGUACCACAAGUGUAAGUACAGGUAGUAGUAUUAAUAGUUUACCAGAGAAUAACCAACCUGUUAGACUUCCUGUUGAAAGUGAUAACAAUUUUAUAAAUAUCGAAGAAACAAUAAUUAAUAAUGAAAGUAUUAUUCCCACACCUACUGAUGUUAUUGAUAAUGUGAUAGAAGAAAACAAUCCCGAGUUUAUUGAUGAGCAAACAAUAGAAUCAGUACCAAAAAAUAUGACAAACAAACUUGGAAAAAAGAAUAAAACCACACAUGUAGUUAAUUCAAAUUUGGAUGAUCCAGAUGAAGAUGACAAUGUAAUUGAUUAUACUAACUAUCGAUAUAUUGUCGCAAAACCUCAUUUCACACAUACUGACAUUAUCGAGUCACUCUCAAGUGAACAAAAUGAAGAGUAUGUCAAUUUACAAACAUUACAAAAAAAUACUGAUGACAGCCUAAAUAAUUCUUGUGGAUCAUGGCAAGAAAAAUAUACAAAAUUACACAAAGAAAUUUUAAAUGAAAAUGCUUCUCAAAGAUAUGUAACGUAUAUAUGUGAUUCUAAAAUAAAUUGUGGUGGAUUGGCAGACCGUAUUCUUGGUAUGGCAUCCACAUUUUUGUUUGCAUUACUUACAGAUAGAGCAUUUCUUGCAGACUGGCAAGUUCCUCUUCCACUUGAUGCAAUUUUUACAGCACCAAAUAUUGAUUGGAGUUAUGAUUCUCUCAACCCAAGUCACACUAUUAGAAAUCUUAAUACAACUGAAUUAUAUAUUGUUGAUUAUGAUCCACAAGAUAUUGAUUAUCAUUUUUCACUUACCAACUGGACAACAAGAUACCCUGAUUCAUUUAUAAAAUUCUAUACAAACCAAGGUUUGAUACAACAAACUUUUGACUCGAAAUAUUACUCUUCUAAAUUAAAGGAAAUCGGUUUAAAACCACAUACUGCAUUUGGAUGUCUAAUGGAUUAUUUAUUUAGACCAGUUCCACCAGCAUUGUCUUUUAUUGUACAAUAUACAGCUUUAUUUGCACUUCCAAGUAUUUUUUCUGUUGGUAUUCAUAUACGAACUGGAAAUACUCAUGGACAAACACAUUCAUUACAAGAUUACAGUCACUUUUUUAGAUGUGCUGAUCAGCUUGCACAAACUUAUGCACCAGAUAAAAAGGCAAUCUAUUAUCUUGUUACAGAUUCUGUUAAAAUAAGAGACGAAGCAUAUUCAAAGCUUGAUCAGGUUAUAAUUUCUGGGUUACCAAUUCAGCCCACUGAUGAUUAUUAUGAUUAUGCAGAUAGUGUAAAUAAUGCAAUUGUUGAAAAUUGGAUUUUAAGUAAAACAGAUUAUCGGUUGGCUGCUUUUCAUUCUAAACAACUUCAUUCCACGGUGUCAUUAUCUACUACUGAAAGCAAAUUUCUAGAUUGUACACGUGAGGAUGCAUUCACCACCUUCAAUCAAUUGGCUAAUGAAUGGUCAGUUG